AUGCGUUUGAAUGAUGUGGAGAUGGGUUUGGUAAAUGUGGAGGAGGAGUGCGCCUUUCUUCGACAGCGUUGUUCAGAUUAUGACUUGCAAUUAAUCAAGCAAAGAGACAAUUAUGAUAUGCUUAUGGGGAAGUAUAAUGAGGUCUGUGCUCAACUAGUUACGGCAGAAAAGGCUGCUGCUAGUGCCGAAAAACCUCUUCAACAACCCUAUUUUCUUGGUACUCUUGUGUUAUAUGCCCCCAUUUUUUAUGUCCCCCUUUUCUUCUUCUUACAUUCUAAUGCCUUCAUUUCUAAUUGCUAUUUGGAUUAG